CACGCCCUUCCGUUUCCGGCGGCGGUGUCAAUAAAGUCGCGGCGGUUGUGGGCAACAUGGCGGCGUCCAUGGCUGGUUCCCUGCUGCGGGCGUUCCGGCAGGUGGCUCCUUCAUCAGUUUCAGGACAAUUUCGAGGCUACUAUGUAGACUGGAAAAUGUUUCGGGAUGUAAAAAGACGGAAAAUGGCCUAUGAAUAUGCAGAUGAGAGGCUUCGGAUCAACUCACUCAGAAAGAAUACCAUCUUACCAAAAGAUCUGCAGGAAGUUGCUGAUCAAGAAAUCGCUGCCCUUCCUCGAGAUAGCUGCCCUGUACGAAUCAGAAAUCGAUGUGUUAUGACGUCCCGACCUCGGGGUGUAAAGCGGCGCUGGAGGCUUAGUCGCAUUGUCUUCCGUCACUUAGCCGACCAUGGGCAGCUUUCUGGGGUCCAGCGAGCAAUAUGGUAAUCAGCUUCACAAUCUACUGAGCUUUCAAGUGAGCUAGUACUGGCAAGAAGAGACUUUUCUAAUAGACAAAACUCUAGUAGUUUUUUUUUUGUUAGGGGUCCAGUAUAGUUGUCUAUUUUGAUACUGUCUAUAAUUAUUUCUAAAUUUUAAGAAAGAAACUUGGAUCUUUCAUUCUGCCAGUGAAUCGUCCUUUCUCUUUGACUUUAUGUACUGUUGAUUCCACAUUGUUCGCAUAUGUAGUGCAAAGAAUAGAAUAAAAAUACUUUCUGUGAAA